UCGUUUCCAGUCUUCUGUGAAAGCAUGUCUGUCCAUGGGAAAUAUUACCCUACUUGAAAACAGUUGAGGGUUGGCGACAAGAAGAGUAUCCAUCUGUAGAAAAUCCGCCUCGACAAAACUCUAUCCUACCCAUGUGAGCAUGAAAAAUUGGAGGCUAGCAUAUUCCGGGCGUGGACAGUGAUAAAAUGGCUGCUUCGGGUAAAAAACAGAAGAAGCGGAAAGGAAAGACUUUUAAUCUAAAUGACUUUCUGGCAGAUGAACAGCGUGGGUUACCUGGGGGACCAGGUAGCAAUAUUGUGCGGACAAGGCAGACAAUGAAUUCUUGGGCGGAAGAGGCUGCAAGUCUUGAUCUUGAUGGAAGAGAUUAUGGAGAUAGUACCUAUAAAACUGUUAUUGACCGUUCCAUGCUGCCAACGGCACCAAGGGCAGCACGAGGUCCCGAUAUUAACCUUGAAAGUAUCCCACAAACAGCCCCAUUUAUAGCUUAUAUCGGAAAUCUACCAUAUGAUAUCGAGCAAGAAAAAAUUGCCAAAUUUUUUUCGAAGCUGAAGGUAUCCGAAAUCAGGUUGCCGCUUGACAGAGGAUCUCGUGGAUUUGGUUAUGUUUACUUCUCGGACAGAGAAUCUCUUAUAGAGGCAUUAUCUAUGAAUGACGAUGUGAUUCAUGGAAGAAAGAUUCGCAUUGACUUGCCAGGAAACACAGAUCGUGAUGACAGACGAGGUGGGCAUGACCACUUUGAUCGAACGGAUUGUGACUGGAGACGUCCUAGAGAUGAUGAUGAAGGUGGUGGUAGAGGUUUUGAUAGAGACAAUUAUGGUGAUAGGGAUCGAUUUGGAGACAGAGACAGGGAUCGUGGAGGAUUUAGUAACGCUGCUCCCGAAACUGGCCGCUGGGAAAGAUCAGGUCCAACAGAAAGGAGUGACCGGAACGAUCGAUAUUCUGCUGCACCUUCUGAUACAUGGGAUCGAGGAGUGACAAUUGAUAAGCCUAAUAAUGAUCGAUGGGGUGAUCGUGAUAGAGGAUUUGAUCGCGAAAGAGGAGGAGGAGGAGGAUUUGAUCGCGAAAGAGGAGGAGGAGGAGGAGGAUUUGACCGCGAAAGAGGAGGAGGAGGAGGAGGAGGAGGAUUUGACCGCGAAAGAGGAGGAGGAUUUGAGCGCUAUGGAGAUCGUGGAUAUGACCGGGGUUACGGUAAUAAUCGUUACCGUGAGGAUAAAGGUUAUAACAGAAGAAAUGAGAGAAGUUUUGAAAGAAGAGGCUUUGGUGGUGAGAGUGAGCCAAGCCGUGAGUCCAGUUCUGAUCCUCCCAAGGACAGACCUCGAUUAAAUUUGAAACCUAGAUCAGUCACAGCAACUGAACCUGUACCUGAAUCCUCAUCAUCCAUUUUUGGUGGUGCUCGUCCUGUUGAUACCAGUCAAAGAGAAAAGGAGAUAGAGGCCCGAAUCCGUCGUGAAGGGGAUAUUAUAAAAGCCCGGAAUGAUGAGGAAAAAGAAAAUAAUUAUUACAAGUCAAAUGAUUACUCCAGCCAAUAUCCUGGCAAAGGAGAAAGAGAUACUUCACGGCGAGAUAAAAGGCAAAGUGGUGGAAGCACCUCUUCACAAGGAAGAGGUAUAAAACCCACACAAAACCAACCAAGAACUAGAUGUGAUAGUAGAGACUCUAGUAAUUCAGAACCAAAUAUAGAUGAAAAAGAAGAAAAACAAGUGCCACUUUCUCCUAGAAAAGAAGAUCCUCCAACCAAAAUGGUGCCUGCUCCACCACCCAAAGAGAAUAUUUGGGAAAGACGGAAAACUGAACAGCAGUCAAAUAAAGGAUCGGAAAGUUCACGAAAUCAGAAACAGUAUAACGAUUCUUCAAAAAGAGGGGAUGGAGUUGGUGAAAAUGAACUGAAUGGCAAAGCGUAUCCUAAUGACAAACAUGACCAUCCCAGUAGAGGUGGUUCAGAAAAAAGGCGUCCUGUUCGAGAGAAACAGAUCCCAAAAUCAUAUGAGGAAAUGCCUCAGCUUCAAGAUAAUGUGAAAAAGGAUUGGACUGAUGCCAACAAAUUCGACUAUUUAAAUACUGAGGAUGAAGACUACCAGGAUCACUCGUGAACAAGUUUUCAACUGCGAAAAUUUAAAAGCCAUAUUUAGUUUCCUCGUUUCCCAUUCAAAACAUCCAAACGCUCUCCUUUUCUCUCUUACUUUAGUAGUUGCUCAACACUAUUUCAAACUAGUGUUAAACUUCUUUUUUUUUUUCAUUUUUUUUUUUUUUCCAUCAAUGCAGGUCUGGCCAACAUGAUUUUAAUAGGGGAAAAGCCAAAUACAAAUACAGAAAAAGAAAAACUCCUUUAGUAGCAAAAAAAAACCCAAAAAAAUGACAAACAAAAACUCCUGAGUUAACGCUUUUUUUUCUUUUCUUUUUUUUUUUUUUUUUUUUUUUUUUGUAUACUGUAAAUUAUUAUUAUUAAUUCUGCAUUUAACAUCGCAGAUGCUGUCUUCAGCUUUAAAUUUCUUACUGACUUGAUUUGGUGUUAACAGCUGUUGAGGCUCUGGAUUAUUUUAAUUUUUGUUUCCUUAUAUCAUUCCUCAUAUUGUUCGUCUUUUUAGCUCUGUCUGUCUCUUUCUCUAUCUCUCCCCCCACUGCCCUCUCAGGAGUUAUUUGGUUUAUUAUUUUGCCAAAAAAGGAAUGCCUUCCAAAAAGUAUUCAAUGCAAUGUCUGAUCUAAUCAGUUUAUCUUUGGUUUGAUAUACAUAUAUAUAUAUAUAUCUAUGUAUAUAUCUCAGUGUCUUUUUCUUUUUAAUUUUGUUAAGGAGGUUAAUCUCUUCAACUGUAUAUCUUCUUGCAUGGCUAAACAGUUUGUGUGUGUGUGUAUGUAUGUAUUUUUGUAUAUAUAUAUAUAUAUAUACAUACAAAUGCACAUGCAUUUUCCUAGCAUAGUGUAUUAAGAUUUAUAGAUAUUUAAUGUUUCCGUUUGUAAAUGAUUUUGAUGGUACACUGACGUAGGCUUUGUCUCUUUGCUGCAACAUUACAUCAGAUGUUGUUUGUUACAUUAAUACAUGAAAGGCCUAUAGUGUUUCAGUAACAGUGUAUUUUGUGAUGCUUCCAUAUCAGUGCAUAUGCACACAGACUGGAUAAAAAAAAGUAUGUGGUUCAGUUCAUCACCCAGGUGUUUAGGCUCCAUCAUCACAAUUGAUUGGUCUGACGGCAAUGGCUUCUUUAUUUCUUAACCUUUCAGAUAUAUCUACAAUGAUAUUACUCGACUCCUUCAGUAAACUUUUGUUUUAUUGUUUAUUUAACACUUCAUCCUUACUCCUACUUACUGUUGUGUCUGCCUGCAGGAUAGCGGGUUGUGCUUUUAUAGUUUGCUUUAUAGGACACCACUGUCAUGUCCCUUGGUUGGUCAGACUAGAUAAGUACUUUCUAAAGUAAGUAAGUAGACAAACAGUGUAGCAAAAGGGACGAGGUUCUAUGUAAAUUGAUGCCAGUUUGUCCUGUGGCUUUGGCACAUAAACUUCCUGCAGUACCCCAUCCUGGUUUAAUACUGGUUUGUGUUCAAAUGCGCAGAAAUAUAUUUUCUAAAGAAAUGUGUAUCUAAAACUGUCAAGAAAAAAAAUGCUAAGAAAUUUAAGCCUUUUUUCCUUUGUCCUUUUUAUGUUUAUACCUUAGGCUCAUUCAUUCCUCUUCUCUCAAGUUCUUUUUUUCUCUCUCUCUCUCUCUCUUUCUGCCUAUUCUUCCUUAUCAUCCCUAUAUCACUUGUUACAUUUAUUGCCCCCUUCCCCUCCCACCAGAUUGAAAACUGUCAGUAAAUACAAAUGUGAUUUCUGAAAUUGGAUUUAAAAAUAAAAAAUAAAAUUAUUAAAAAGAAUACAUUUAAACAA